GCGAGGGCCAGCGCCUGGCGCGCCCGCCGCCGUCCCGCGCCGCGCCCGCGCUGCUGCUGCUGCGCAACAACUCCAUCGCCGCGCUCGGCGCAGGCGACAUCGCGCCCGAGCUGCGGCUGCUGGAUCUGAGCGACAACCUCGUGGAGGAGGUGGACCCCGAGACCGCGGCGGCAUUGUUUUCCGAGCCGGAGCGGCGCGUGCUGUUCGCCGGCAACCCGCUGGCCUGUCGCUGCGGCGGCGCGCUGACGGCGGCGCUGCGGGCGCAUCGCGCGCAGGUGGACGACUUCGAGCGGCUGCGCUGCGCCGACGGGCGACGGCUCGCCGCGUUGGGGGCGAGCGAGCUGUGCGCAGAGGGCGCGCACUGGCCGCUGCGAGCGUCGCUCGCCGCGGGCGCAGCGCUGCUCGUGCUGCUGGGCGUCGCGCUGGCGCUGCACCGCGGCCGGCGCGCGGCGCUGCGUGGCAUCAAGCGCUUCCUGCUGGAACACGGGCUGUGCGCGCGCUGGCUGCCGAGCGAGGCGGAGGAGGCGGAGGAGACGGAGGAGGGGGAGGAGGAGGAGGCGUGGGAGUUCGACGCGUUCGUGUCGUUCGCGCACCCCGACCAUCGGUUCGUGGCGGAGCGGCUGGCGCCGGCGCUGGAGCGCGGGCCGCGGCCGCGGCGCCUCUGCCUGCACCACCGCGACUGGGCGCCCGGCGACUGGAUCCCGCAGCAGAUCGCGCGCUCGGUGCGCGCCUCGCGCCGCACGCUGCUGGUGCUGUCGCGCCACUGGGCCGCCUCCUCGUGGGCGCGCGCGGAGUUCCGCGAGGCGCACGCGCGGGCGCAGCGCGACUCCCGGCCGCGCCUCGUGCUGCUGCUGCUGGACGAGCCCGCCGCGCUGCGCCCGCUGCUCGAGCCCGAGCUGCGCGCCUUCCUCGACGCCAACACCUACCUGCGCUGGGACGACCCCUGCUUCGGCCGCAAGCUGCGGCGCGCGCUGCCCCGCCCGCGGCGCCGGCCCCGAGAGCCCCACGAGCCCCGAGAGCCCCACGAGCCCCGAGAGCCCGGCGAGCCCCGAGAGCCCGGCGAGCCCCGAGAGCCCCACGAGCCCCGAGAGCCCCGCGAGCCCCAACCCGCGCCGGGGGCCCGACCCGAACUCGCUUUCUCUCCGAAUCUCAAACUG